UCCACUCACCGCCAGAUCGUUGUUUUUACAACCUGAAACAUCCCACUCGCCAUCUGCCCAUUUGUCUGUCUACUCUUUCAACUCAAUGAUGAGUGAUUUGCAGUUGAUGGAAUUGGAGGAUGAGCUCAAGAGUGUAGAUACAUUUCUUGAACAUCUCAAGACAGAAGAGACAGAGAAGAACAGACAGAAAACUAAGACCACAUCACCAAAGCCUGUUCAUUGGAAGAAGAGGGACCACAAUGGGGACAUUGUUCACCAGCGCCCACGAGCCCUUAGAAAGCAGUCAACAUCACAAAGACCAGACGAAGGAAGACAUGUUUCUUCUUCACCGCCAUUAGACCAUGGCCAACACCUAGACCAUGAUUUGAAUAUGCGGCAGCUUGAGGACCUUCUACAGGACUCAGAGAACAUGGAAUCGCAAGAUUUUGUUCAGCAGCCACCAUUGUCCAGUUGGAGUCAAAGGCAGAAAGAGGUCCAACAAUGUUGGCAACAGGCGAGGCCACAGAACCUUGACAAUUUACUUUCUGCUGAGAACAUCGUACAGAUGACAUGCAAUCACUGUCACGUGAAAGAAGCUGUCAUCCGUUGUGGGGAAUGUAUGCCCUCAGAGUGGUUUUGUGCUGAGUGUGAUGGCUCGGUACAUAAACACCACACUCUUCACAACAGGCAAACCAUCAUGGAUGGAUUUUUCAAAUACAUCCCACCAACAGAGGCUGUGACACUCUGUGACACUGGAAAAUACAGCAUUUGUGAACAAGAUUGUUUUCUGCCAACAGCUCUACCUCAAAGGAUAUGCUCCUGUGACACCGCUGAUGCAGCAGUCUCUGAUCUCUUCCAUUCCUUUGAGGCUAUGAACACAGCAGCUCCAGGAAUGUCCAGACAAGCCUUUACAGCAAUGUUGGACCAGAGAACAAAGCAAUAUGGAAGAACUGGCAAAGUGAAUGCAGAUGCAUUUCAGAGAAGUUUUCUGCAAUUUGUGUACUGCAACUAUGAAGAGAACCAACUUCUUGGAAAGGAGCCAUUGGUCUGUCCAGCCUGUAGCCCUGAAAUGGUGGCUGUUUCUGUGGAUGGCAACAGAAAGUUGUACAGGUUCCAGAAAACAAACCAACCGCAGGAAAAGCGAUGUGUGGUGACACCCAAUGGAAUGCAGCAAGAGAGACUUCAAAGCGGGCCAACAAUUUGGAUGAAGAAGGUGUGGAAUUUGCUGUGUGUAGACAUGGAUUUCUUCUCAAAUGUUGGUAUGGGUCUGAUUAAGUAG